AUGUCAAUUGCAUUUUCUGAAGAUGGCCACGGUUUUUUAGUAAGAGCUGGCUGUAAACUAAAGGAUUGGCCAAGGGGUAUGCGUGAAGGCUACUCUGCAAUCUCACUAAUGGGGAACAAGAUUCGCAAGCUUCCCAAGAAGUUGGUAUGUUCAAAACUCCAAAUUUUAUUACUACAGGCUAAUUAUGAUAUAAAAGAGAUUCCAAAAAGCUUUUUCGAAAGUCCUACUACACUGAUGGUCUUGGAUUUUAGCAAAACUAGUAUUUCUUCACUACCCCAAUCAGUGAGUCUCCUAACGAACCUCCAUGCUUUGUAUUUGGAUUCUUGCAAGAAAAUAAUCGACAUAUCUAUACUUGGAAACCUGAAGAAGCUUGAGAUUCUAAGUAUGAGAAAAAUUCCUCUUAUGGAAUUGCCAGAAGAAAUAGGGAAAUUGGCUGAUCUUAGGAUGUUGGACGUCACUGGUGGAUGUGUUGAUACAAUUCCAUCUGAGGUGUUAUCAAAGUUGUAUAGCUUAGAAGAACUACACAUGCAAUGUGAUUUUGGGCACCGGUGGAGUGAAGUUAAGGGACCAGCUGAAAAUAAUAUUUGCUUUGCUGAGUUAACCAGUUUGGAAUAUUUAAUUACCUUGAAGAUUAACAUAUCUUAUGCAAAUUUCUUGCCUAAAGACAUUGAAAUUUAUCCAAAUUGGGUAAACUUUAAUAUAGGUAUCUGCAAAAAAUCAUUAGCCAUACAGUACCAUUGGGUUAAUUUGUUUCUAGAUGAUGAUUCAAGAACCUUGACUCUUGACACAACAAUCACUAUGUUACCAGAUUGGUUUAUCACGGUCGUAACAGCAAAAACAGAAAAGCUACAGUACGUAGAGUGCAGGGGUUUAUGUAACAUUCUUGUGGAACAUGAGCAGGGCAGAUUAGAUUGUCUGAAGUAUCUCACUCUAUUUGGGCCCCAUGAGAGAUUGGAAAAGCUGAUGAAUACAACAACAUUAGUUCUUCCAAAUAAAUCAGUGUUCGAGAACUUGGAAGUCUUGGAUAUUCAAGUGGACUACCUGAAUGAGUUAUGUGUUGGUGAUUUACCCACGGGGUCUCUACGUAACCUGAAAGUUCUGAAAAUAGAGAAAUGUUAUAGCAUGGAGAAUGCAGCUGUAUUGUCGAAUUUGUUGAAGAGACUACAAAAUCUUGAAACACUAAACUGUGGAUUCAUGAUUAAACUGACAUGUAUUUGA